AUGCAGCUCCAUCCCGCGACCGCAGACGGUCACCACCUCCCCGAAACGACCGACGCGACGGUGCCCGAGACAAUCGCCGAUUUCGCUCACGCUCCCGAGAGCGCUAUGACAGACGGCGAGACCGCAGCCGAUCUGGAGAUCGUCGUGGGUACAGGGAUCGCAAGAGAAGUGUCAGCCGGGACCGUGGCUCUGACCGACGUGGAUAUGCACACAGAGACAAUCGCGGCCGCGACAGUUCCGGCACACGAUCCCCCCGAUACGGACGUCCUGGGGCACCAGAUCAAUGGGUCUGAACAAAUGGACGUAAAUACUGACAUUAUUGAAGAGGACAAGAUGGACGUCGAUCCAGAUGCCGACGAGAACGACAUGGCGGAGGAGAUGCGGAGAAUCCUGGGCUUCUCUGAAUUUCGGUCGACCAAGAAUACCAAGGUGCCCGGCAACAACAUCUACGGCGUGCGCAAGGAAAAGAAGAUCGAGUACCGCCAGUACAUGAACCGUUCGGGUGGUUUCAAUCGACCACUCAGCCCGUCACGCUGA